CUGACCCAGAGAUAUACUGACAGAAGUUUAGAGAGACGGAUUAGGACGGAUGAACGAGCACGGAUGAACGGCCGUAUAAUCGCUCCGAUUUUGAGUUAGAAAAAGCCUUAUUAUUUACUUGUUUUUUUGUUUUGACUUGCUUGCCUGCUGAAGAUUUCGUGAUAAAAGAUUUGAGAGUAGACGCACAGGAUCGAUAAGUAAGUGCCAUGAGAGAGGAACAGUCUUGUAGUGACUUUCCUGAGGGUGGGGUCCUACCCAACGACGAGGAGCAAGACCGUCGGGCCAACAAGUGUCCGGUCGUCGUAGCACCACCGACGGGGGCUCGAAAGAGGGUGACAGGUCCCAAAAAAGAGCCUGGCGGUCUGUUACUGCAAGAGGACAAAACGUCUCCCGAAGGCCCAUCCACGAUCGCUCCCAAAAGACCCAAGAGGAACUCUCCCGCUUCUUCGUCGACAUCUUCCUCUUCUUUAGUGCCCGUCGUAAGCGCCGUGUCGCCCCUACCCGGACAGCCGUUCGAAGACCUGCACACGCAACGGGUGAUCGCCAACGUACGAGAGCGCCAGCGCACGCAGUCCCUAAACGACGCUUUCGCCUCGCUGCGGAAGAUCAUUCCCACCCUGCCCUCGGACAAACUUAGCAAGAUUCAGAUCCUCAAGCUGGCUUCGCGUUACAUCGACUUCCUCUACCAGGUGCUCCAGAGCGACGAGAUGGACGCCAAGCUGGCCAGCUGUAACUACCUGGCCCACGAGAGACUGAGCUACGCCUUCUCUGUCUGGAGGAUGGAGGGUGCUUGGUCCAUGUCCGCCACCCAUUAAACUCCCAUCUGUUCCUAACCCUACCGUCCGAAACUUCCACCCCAACCCCGGCCUCUGAACUCUGAAUCUUGCCAGAGAGAAACUGACUCUUAUUAGACCCGUCAUUGCCUUUUCCCUGAUUUAACCACAGCCGUAUGACCCCUGACCUCUGACCUCAACACUCAUCUUUUCUGUUUUUCUCAACACAACCCUCCACAGUAUUUCAGUUAUCCCUGAGGACAUUACACUUCAACUACAAAAGCCAAAAAUUCUUCCGGAGCUAGACAACAAUGUAAAAGAAAGCUAAACACUCGGACAUCAGUCUUUGCUAUUGUGAGAAAUAAACAUAUGUAGAAUGAGAUUAUUCUGCCAAUGACUCUGGAAAUGAUUCAGACCUUGAUGGAUUUUUGCUCUGGAUUGACGGAAGCAGGCAGUGACUUUGAUGAUCAUCUAUAACUGCACCUGAAUAAACUCUUCCACUGCAUAUAUUCUCUGUUAUAACAAUCAGAUCAUUUAUGCUGUAUAUUUGCUUAAAAUACUGCCUCUGUGACAGUGUUGCAAUUUUGUUAUGGUAUACGCUUUUAUUAAAUGUAUAAAGGUUGAUGUAAGGAUCAUUAUAAAACAUCUCAGUGAAUAACUCAUUAUGCAUUAUUUGUGGAUGCAUAUCAUUAGUAGAACGGUUACUUUAUAUGUACAGAGCAAUAAAACAAUUCAAAACAGAAAUAUAUAACGAUAAUUUCGAUAAUAAAAACAACGAUAAUUUCAGAGUGAAAUGCGGAAAAUCAUUAUGAAGCAAUAGAGAAGAUGAAGACGUUUAAGACUGCAUCAGGAUUUAGACGCUGCUAAUAAAGACAAAAUAUUGACGUCUAAAUUUGGGCAGCACAUAAACUUGAUUUUUUGCUUUUAUGUCUGCUUGGCAAGAAAUAAGAAAGUUGCCAAACCGUAAACGUGCCAUAUUCUGUGUGUUAUUAGGUAAAACAGUUAGAAAACACAGAACUGUAUUGUAUGUUGGACUGACACGAGGUCAGCUUAAAGUCUCAUAAAAAUUUCACUCAUUCAUUUAAAUCUUCAUCAUGAUCUUAAUCAGUCAAUAUUAAAGAUAUCAAUGUUAUAUUUAAACAGAAUGUUCUUUAAAUUUAUAGGAUGACUUUAUGUUGAAAACAGUCAAUCACAGUCAACUAAAGCUGAAGUUUUAGUCACAAUGGGAAGAAAUGAUGAUGCUGUGGUUUACUUGUGUUUUAAAAUCAUUUAAUCGCCCUCAUGUUGAUCUAAACCUAUACGACGUACUGACUUGCAUGAAACACAAGAGGAGAAAUUUUGAACGAUGUUGCACUUUUUUAAACAAUGAAAGUAAAUGGGCAUUUUCUUCACAACAUCUCCACAUUCUUAUUAAAUGGGUUUGAAACAUUAAAGAAAAUGGCACAAUUUUAAAGUUUAGUUUUUUUUGACAGAUAUGAGAGGAGCACAAGUUGUACAGUAUGUUGUUACUGUAAAUUCAUGCUUGUAUUAAGUUAUGUCCUUCAUACUUUCUUCAUUUAGAGACUGCCAUUGUUUUGAAAACUACAAAAUGUGGGUAUUACCACAUUACCACAGUUUUAUUGUAGUAGCGAUAGCUGUGGUUACUGCUGUAAUUUCUGGCAGAAACUAAGUUACCAUAGUAUAUUUUAAUAACGCUGUGUUACAAAUGAAAAGAACAUGUUGUAGAUAUGUCCGAUGCCUACAAAUAAAAACUCUUUUUUUUCCACA